CUCUCCCCUAUUUGCUAUAAGUUUUGUUCUUCUUCUUCCCAUAACGUGGGUAGCGUUGGGCUCUCUCCUCUAUUCAGCAUUCAAGAUAUCUUCUCUGUUGUCUGGCGCUGUCUGGGCUACCCAAGUUGAGGUAUUUUUUAUUCAACACCACAUGCAAGCGGAGAGCUAGCUAACUGGAGCGAGAAUUAUGGCUCCAUUUCCGUUUAUGGACAUUUGGAUGGGCAUAGAAGCGCGAAGAAGGCUAUCUCAAGUGCUUCCAGAUUCUAUGUUGGAAUGGUGGAACCAAUGGGAACUACCAGGACUGGUUUUCAUUAGCCUUCUAGCACAGGUCUUAUUAACACUUCUGGGAAAUCGUAGAAAAUACGGAACUAACAAGGUCAAUGAAUGGAUAGUUUGGUGUUCUUACUAUUUGGCAGACAAGGUGCCGGCUUUUGCCCUUGGUGUCAUCUCCAGUAAGAUUGGAGAUUUUUAUAAUAACAAGCAGGAUGAAGGACGAGGAAGUGAUCCUGAGAUGACUGCGUUCUGGGUUCCAUUUUUUCUGAUGCACAUUGGUGGUCCAGACUCAAUCACUGCAUAUUCUUUAGAAGACAAUGAGUUAUGGUCGAGACACUUGGUUGGAUUGGUAGUUCGAACAACUGUGACUUUCUACAUAAUUGUUUUGUCUUGGAGCAGAACUAGUUGGAUUUCAUGGCUUAGCCUUCCCAUGCUUGGAGCUGGGUUCGUCAAGUAUGGUGAGAGGACGUGGUCCCUUUACUCUGCUAGUCUCAACCAUUGUCGUCAUUCCUGGCUCACUGUUACAGAAGCAGAGAAAGCUAGAGGCGAGGAGCGUCUCCUACAUCUCAAAGGUUUCAUGUCUUGUUUUGUUAGUGUCUUCUCAGAUGUGGUGUUGGAUAGAGAUGAUGUUCGGGAAUUGAGGAACAUUUUUUACAACUGUUCAUGUGAAGACUUCUUUAGCUACAUGGAUUUUGUCCAUGGAUUCUGCUAUGAUAUGUUUUUCACCAAGUCAAUUGUGACACAUACCUUUUGGGGCAUCAUCUUACGUCUGAUCACUUUGAUUACCGAGGCGGUCGCGUUCAUCUGUUACGCUAUCAAUUUUCAUACUGAAACAUGGCAAUUAUCCAGGUUUCGAUCCCAUCAUCACUUACAUGCUAUUGUUGACAGCUGUCGUAUCAGAAAUCCUUUCAAUUGUAUUGGGGGUCACUUCUUCUGAAUGGACGAUUGACAUUCUCCGCGUCACUCAUGAUAAAUAUCGAUUCAAGUUUCUUCUAUUGAUCAUAAAACGGCUUGAGCAACGAAAUGUCAAGAAAAGAAGGUGGAAUUCAGUUGCUCAGUGCAACUUCUUGACCUUUUUUC